CAAGAACGGGCCACCUGGGUCAGAGACUGGCUUCCGGGAUGGAGGACAAAGUUCGAUCCCAGUCUCUCUACCUUUGCUGCUUCUCCUCAGUCUUCAUGGUGCUGGGAGGGGCCCCAUCUAAGGGACAGAAGCAGUUGCAUUGGAUGUCAUUCUAGAUCAGCAUUCUCAACCUGUGGGGGUCCCCUAAGACCAUCAGAGAACUCAGAUAUUUAGUUGAUGAGGAGGAAAAGUACAGUCAUAAAGUAGCAACAGCAAUAAUUUUAUGGUUGGGGUUCACCACAACAUGAGGAACUACAUUAAAGGGUCUCAGUGUUGGAAAGGUUGAGAACCACUGAUCUAGAUAGAGCCUGGGGCCUACAGGGUAUCAUGAUGGUACCUGGGGAAUCAAGAUGUUUAGUUAAUGAGCCCUUCUAGGCUUCCUCAGAAAGGGUGACAUGGGACUCUGCUGAAGGCAAUGGCAGGCAGAAUCCUGACUGUCUUACUUAGGGUUCCAUUGCUGUGAACAGACACCGUGACCAAGGCAACUCUUAUAAGGACAUUUAAUUGGACCUGGCUUACAGGUUCAGAGGUUCAGUCCAUUAUCAUCCAGGCAGGAGCAUGGCAGCGUCUGGGCAGGCAUGGCACAGGAGGAAGUGCAAGUUCUACCUCUUUGUCCAAAGGAAGCCAGGGGCAGACUGUCUCUUAUGUAGCUAGGAGGAAAGUCACAAAGCCUACCCACAGUGACACAUCUCCCACUCAAACAAGGCCAUACCUCCUAAUAGUGCCACUCCCUGGGCCAAGCAUAUUCAAACCACCACACUGGCCCUGUGUGAGGUUAGGCUUGGUUGCCUGGUGACCAUCCCAGGGCAGCUGCCCACUGUCCACUUGCUAUGCCCACUCAGUACUAGCUAAACCCUGAUACUGCUCAUUCCUUUGCCACCAUGUCGAGGCAGCUUAACAUGGACACGGUGCGCCAAAACUUCUGGAAGGAAGAGUAUCUCAAAGAGAUGAUGUUGCGUUAUGAAUGGCAGCGCAAGUACGGGACUCUGGUGAAGGCCAAGCAGAAGGCUAAGGCUGCAUCCCGUCUGCCCUUCAAACUGCCUACCAUGCUGCCUAAGGUCCCAGUCUCACUACCACCUGUCUCCAAAACAGCCCCGUCUAAAGCCCCCAGCCCUACUCCAGAACCUCUUUUUCUGUCAGAAAUGUACCCAGUUCCACCUGACACCAAAGCCCUGCUGUAUGAAGGCAUCUCCCAUGACUUGCAGGGGCGCUACCAGUAUCUCAACACCCGAAAACUGGACCUGCCAGAGACGCGUUACCUGUUCCCCAUCACCACCAACUUCACAUAUGGCUGGCAGCUGGGUCCUCCAGCAAAGCAAGAAAUGGUUUCCUGCAAGAUGUGCCGAAUUGAGUCAUUCUUCCGUAAGAAUGGUGCCUUUGCAUUCCUGGAUCCCCGAGAUCUGGCCCUCUGAGCUUGGGCCUGGCAGUGACUUAGGAACCAAAAGAAGAAAUAAGAGGAUUCCUGGUGGAGCUUCAUUACUCUGUGU